CUGGACAACAGCUGAUUUUCACUUUUUGUUUUGCACGCCUUGCGUUAUCUAUAUUUAUCGGCGAAUCGGUGUUUAUUUUAUUUAAAAACCGCAAAUUCCCGUGUACUUAUCAGCAUUAUUGACUAUCAAUGUUGUAUUAAUAGCCGUGAACGGUACACCAACAAUGGCUACGUUGCCUAUUGCCGUACAUCCGUUAACCAGCGACCCAACCGCCGCCUGGAAUGAGAUCAGCAAAAGCCAGCGGGUCAUCAAGGUUGUUAUGAAGCCACCAACCACAACGGUGGCUCCCAAUAAGGCGCGCGUUGUCUGCAUGUCAGAUACCCAUUCACUAACGCCUUACAUAAAAUUCGAUAUACCCGAUGGUGAUAUAUUCAUACACGCCGGCGACUUCACCAAGUGUGGACAGCUACAAGAAGUUGUGGAGUUCAACAAUUGGAUCGGAGCGUUGCCACACAGACACAAAAUCGUGAUUGCGGGCAAUCAUGAGCUCAGCUUCGAUCGCACCUUUACACAUCCCUUCCAAAACAAUGGGCAGGCGCAUGCAGACCGCUCCAAGCACACAGGCAUGAGUAUUUUAGAUGAUUUGCCCACGUUGGGAAAUGACAAACAGAGCAUGGAGAGCGCCGUCAAGACGCCCAAUAUACGCGAGGCCUUAACCAACUGCACGUAUCUGGAGGAUGAGCUGCUUGAGCUGUGGGGUGUGCGCAUCUAUGGUUCGCCCUGGCAGCCAGAAUUUUGCCGCUGGGCUUUUAAUGUGCCGCGAGGCGCUCCCUGCCUGGAUAAAUGGAAUGAAAUACCCGCGGGCGUUGAUAUACUAGUCACCCAUACGCCGCCCGUUGGCCAUGGCGAUCUCUGCUGUUCCGGUGUGCGAGCGGGCUGUGUGGAGCUGCUGAGCACCGUGCAGCAACGUGUAAAGCCCAAAUACCAUGUAUUUGGCCAUGUGCACGAAGGAUAUGGCAUAACGAGCGAUGGCAGGAUCAUCUAUGUGAAUGCAUCCACGUGCGACAUAAACUAUUUGCCCAACAAUACUCCCAUUGUUUUCGAUGUAACGCUGCCGCCUGGUGUGCGUAAGGAUUAGGCUGCCCCAAACCGAUUUAUAUUUAUUCAAUCUACACUUAAGUUGCCAUUCGACGGAACAAGGAAUUUAUUUUACACUGCACAUGAAAUUAUUUUAAGCUUAGCAUUUAACAGAACCACAAUAACACUAAAACAAUGCUCAUUAAAUGUCCUCGUUUUAACAUUGACCUAGUCAAGUUUCAAACCAGCUGUAGAUCACAAAUGCGACUUUGCUAACAGUACUGCACAUACAGUCCCAUCUCUACGUCCUGCACGUAACAGCACUGGUUAGUCUAGUUUCAAACCAACUGUUGAUCGGGAGUGCAACUCUUCGCUGUUUCAGUCGCUGCAAUUAAAUGUCCUGCAUAUUCCAACACUAACUUAGUCAAGUUUCAACCCUGCUUCUGAUUGUGAUUGCAACUCUGCAGAGAAUCAAGAACUUUCUUUGCAUUCUCGCAGUUCCACCUCUAAGGCCAUUAAAUAUCCUGCACAUUACAAUGCUGACUUGGCCAAGUUUCGAAGCGUGGAAACUAUUCAGUUCCGAUCGCAAAUGCAACUCUGCAGAGAAUUAAGAGCUUUCUGUGUAUUCACGAAGUUCCAUGUGUAAAGCCAUUAAAUGUCCUGCACAUUGCAACACUGACUUGGUCAAGUUUCGAACCAAUUGAACU